AUGGACAAACAGCGGGAUGAAAUAAUCUCUCUGAAUGAAUGUAUUAAGCAACUGAAAUCAGAGAUUAAUAUUCGUGUGAACGAAUAUGAGCUAUUGCUCAAAGAACAAAGACUAGUCGUCAAAAGCAAAGAACAAGAACUGAAUAUGCAUAAAAGAUACAAUGAAAAUGAGGAAAAGAAAUCAAACAAGCUCCAAAGUGAGUUGGAUCAAACAGUUAAACAACUCAAGAUGGCGAAGAAAGAAAUCGACAAAGUAAAUGAAGAAAAGAUCAAUAUCAAACGACAAUGGCAAGCCAGUGAAAGUGAUGGUGAAUGGAGGGAACAAAAAAAAUACACUCAUACUAGAGGAACUGCCCCAUAUCGUGACGCUGACCGACCGAGGAAUGGUCAACCUCGACAUGCUCGAGAGAUAUCACCACAGAGGAAUGCACGAAAUGAAGAAAAUGAGCGAACAACGGAGGGGAUGAACGCAAUACAUGAGGAAAGAAACGAUCACGAGUGUGAUAUGAGUAGAGAUAAACAUAACAUGUAUGAUGGAAGCAGAGGGCAAAUAAAUGACAAAACCGAAAAGAAAAUGAGAAAAGUUGUAAUAGUUGGAAAUUCACAGAUAAGUGGGAUUGAUCCUGAUAAGUUUUCCCAAAAUGUUAAGUUACAUAAAGUAAUUAAAUACACAAUGGAUGAUGUUGAGUCUUGGUUGAAAUCUAGUGAGGCAAAGCAAACUCUUAGCGAUGCAGAAACCGUGAUAAUCCACGAAUUAACGAAUGACGUUAAACGGUCUAGUGCACUAGAUUGUGCUUGUAAAAUGAACAAUCUCAUUGGUCUGAUCAAAGUGUCCUUCAAAUCAAUUAAGAUAGUUAUAUCUCUCGGCACGCCCCGAGAUGAUAACCAAUUGUAUCAGCAGCGUGUGGACAUGGCCAAUAGUAUGCUGAUGGCUGAUGCAUUAUAUGACAGAAGAGUUAAAACUGUUCAUCACAGAAACCUGCUCUACCGUGGAACAAUUAACACUAAUCUGUAUAGUGAUGAUCGUUAUCACCUUAGCAAGAAUGGAACUAGAGUUUUAGCAGGAAAUCUCCGGUGGGCAAUUGAAAGGAGCUCUUCAAAUAAACGAUAG